AUGAAUAGCCAUUUUUGUAAACGGAGCAUCUCCAGUAGCAGCAGCAGCUCGGAUGACGAAUCACAAGAAGUUAAAAAGAAGAAAGAUGCUAAUAAGGAGACUGGUGGUUUAAUCGAUUCAACUGCGGCUAACGAUCCAAACUCUGAGAAAAUGAUUGAAAUCUUGUCGGUUGGUGGUACUAUGGUCUCAAACGAGCCUCCUCCUUUGCCUAAACCAACUGAGACUGCUCUUGACGUUUCAAGUGGAACCGACUCUGACGUGAAGGAAAACGAGGGAGAAGCAGCGUCAUCGUCUCUUCUAGAAUCCAACGAUGUUCCUCAAGGCAGCAGAGAGUCUGAAGUUGUCAUUUCUCAUGAGGAGGAAGAAGAGGCUCCUGUGCGAACACAUGGAGUUGCACAAAGAACCUCUUGGUUAAGUUGUUGUGGCUUGUUUGAUGCGAUGACAGGAUCCGGUAGAUAA